AACAACAGCUACCAUUAUCUCUUACAUCAAGGCAGCUUGCACUACAGAGAAGAGGCAAUGAGCAGCAGGUUGUGGUUUCCUGCUCUGGGGCUGGCGGCCUGGCUGUGCUGCCUCAGUCUGAGGCCCGUUGACGGGGGGAAAGUGCUGGUUAUGCCUGUGGAUGGGAGCACCUGGCUCAGCAUGGAGAUACUGGUGAAGGAGCUCAGCCACAGGGGCCACGAGGUGACGGUGCUGGUGCCUGAAAGCAGCCUGUUGAUCUACAGCUCGGAGAGCUACAAGACUGAGAUCUACCAAGUGCCCUACACCAAAGCCGAACUGGACGAUAGAUUCAAGGAGCUGAAUGAUGGAGUGUUCCUCAAGCCACCAGAAAUCACAGAUGUGUUUAUCAAUGUGCAGCGUUUGGUUAACUAUACUUCAAUGGAGGUGAAAGCCUGCGAGAAUCUGCUGAACAACCAGCCUCUAAUGAGUCGACUGAAAGAAAAGGGCUUCGAUCUUGUGCUCACAGACCCCUUCCUCCCCUGCGGCUCCAUCCUUUCUCAUGUCUUUUCCAUUCCAGCUGUUUAUUUCCUGCGUGGGAUGCCAUGUGGGCUGGAUGUAAAGGCUAACCAGUGCCCCUCUCCUCCCUCCUACGUUCCUGUGGAAUUCUCUGGCAAUACAGACAUCAUGACCUUCCCACAGAGAGUCAAAAACAUGGCCCUGUCUAUAUUGGAGUCCUACUUGUGCGGAAUAAUGUAUGCCCGCUUUGAUGAUGCGGUCAGGAAGUAUGUAGGAGACAACAUGACCUACAAGGACCUUCUUAGUCACGGCGCUAUCUGGCUUCUCAGAUACGACUUUGUUUUGGAAUGGCCCAGACCUCUCUUGCCAAACAUGUUUUUUAUUGGAGGUAUCAAUUGUGCAAAGAAAGCGCCUCUUCCAGCGGUGAGUAUUCAAUGA